GGGCCGGGACACCGGCCGAGCUGAGGGAGGCCCGGCCCGGCGCAGCGCAGGGGGGCGGGCCGAGGCGCGACGAGACGGCGCCAUCUCAGCGCGCCCGGGGCGGGGGAAGGUGCCGGGCAAUGGGGGUUCCCGCCUGGCGUUGGGCGCUGAAUGCCGCCCGCCUCCGCAACGGCGGGAGGGCUCCGAGGCGCGACCCGGGCUGCGGACCCGCCGCUUCGUUUGCCGGCUCCGCGUCCUCAAGAUCCAGGGAUGAGUCUCUAAGGGACAAACGCGCCCAGAUCCUGUCACGGGGGCUGCCGAAACAGAAGCCCAUAGAAGGAGUCAAGCAGGUGGUGGUCUUGGCUUCUGGAAAAGGGGGAGUUGGAAAAUCAACAACAGCAGUAAACAUAGCCCUCGCCCUAGCAGCAAAUGAUUCGACAAAAGAAGUUGGUUUGCUUGAUGCAGACAUAUAUGGACCUUCAAUUCCAAAGAUGAUGAACUUAAAAGGAAACCCAGAAUUAACACCAAAAAAUCUAAUGAGGCCCCUUAAGAACUACGGAAUUGCAUGCAUGUCUAUGGGUUUCUUGAUAGAAGAGACUGCCCCGGUUGUGUGGAGGGGGCUCAUGGUAAUGUCAGCUGUUGAGAAAUUGUUGAGACAGGUUGACUGGGGUCAACUGGACUAUUUAGUAAUUGACAUGCCACCUGGGACUGGAGAUGUACAGCUGUCAGUCUCACAGAAUAUUCCAGUUACAGGAGCUGUGAUCAUCUCCACUCCGCAAGACGUGGCUUUAUUGGAUGCACGCAAAGGAGCUGAAAUGUUUAGAAAAGUCCACGUACCUGUUUUAGGACUAAUUCAAAAUAUGAGUGUUUUCCAGUGUCCCAAAUGUAAGCACGAGACACACAUUUUCGGAGCUGACGGUGUAAGAGAUCUAGCAGAAACCCUUGGAUUGGAUAUUUUAGGAGACAUUCCACUGCACGUUAAUAUACGGGAGACGUGUGAUUCAGGCCAGCCUGUUGUGAUCUCGCAGCCUCAAAGCGAUGCUGCUAAAGCCUAUCUAAAGAUAGCUAAGGAAAUAGUAAGACGACUGCCAGUACCUCCUGCUUGAAGUGUUUAUCACUGAAAUGUACAAAAAAAAGUGAUAUUUUGAUGUGACCAAUGCAGAAGAGUGCUGCUACCUAAUUCUGUGGAUGCCGUAUUUUAGUUCGAAGAACUUUUUUGGGAGUUAAUUUACCGGAAUUUAAAUUAUGUUUGUGAUAUUUACUGUUUUUCAUGCCAUUAUUUAGCCAUGUCCAAAUGUGUUGAAGUAUGCAAAAGAUGGCAGAUGAUAUUUGGCUGCUGGAUUGUAACAUCAUCAAGCAAGAAGGGAUGGAGUGCAUUUUUCACGUGUCCUGUUUUAAGGUCAAGAACGAAAAACAGCUGCCCCAGCCAAGCAGAAUGAUGAGAGGGAUGCCAAGGCAUUAAGUCCUGUUAAAAAAAUAACAUUUGCAAUACUCUAAUUUCUGUCACUUUUGGUUCAGCUCUGUACUUGGUUAACUACCGGGCUGACCUUAAGGACUGCAAAAUUUUAAGAAGCAAAUUCAGUUAUGUAACUGCAAUACUUGUGUGUGUUCAUCUUAAAAGAAAAUAAAAAAAAUAAUCCACAUAUCCUCUGAAGAGUUCUUGUGAUGGAUCAUGAGCGAAUUCAUUCAUUAUUGGAUAAUGUUCGAUCAUGAGGCAAUUCGCAGUUUAGUGGAGAAUGGAUUACAUGAGCCCGAGGCUUAUUUCUUGACUGCGUUGCGUUAUAAUGGACCCGGACAGAAGACUAAGUAACCAGGGUCUCCACUGAAAACCAGAUGAUGUGCCUGAGCUCAGUUUGCCAGGGGAUGCAAAUGAUCAAAAUAAAUUAGAUUUAUGAUUGCAUAUUCCUAUUACAGUGCAGCAACUUGGAAUUUGAAUAUAAAGAUAUAUUUU